CGGAAACUUUCUGCCGUACUGUCCUCUCUCUCGCUUGUGAAUAAUUCCCCUCUUCCCGUUUACUCUAUUAUGAUGAAAGGUUAUCCCACGCUCUUAAUGGUAUUGUCCGCCUUUGCGCGGGCAGACCCCCAUGGCGAGGACGCCGCCAAAGAGAUGGGCCCUGUGGCGUUCAUGUGGCCGCCAGACCGCACCUGGGGCGCAGCAUUCGAUAAUAACGCACCCUGCGGCUCGAAGGAGGGUGUUGAAAACAGAACAGAAUUUCCUCUCGUGAACGGCCAACUUGCCCUGGUGGUCCAAGACGAGUCCUGGAACGUGCAAAUCGCCGUUUCCCACAGGAACAACCCAACAAACAACAAUGACUUCGAGACCCUCGUCUCGGAGAGACGAAUCAGCGACAUCGACCCAGGCCACAUGUGCUACCCCGUCACAAACCCAGGAGUGGACACUGAAGCCGGGAUGAACGCUACCUUCCAGAUCAGAUAUACCUCUGACAUGGAAGAUCAUAAGAAUGAAACGUACUACGCCUGCGCAGACGUCACGUACGUCGCUGCGAGCAAGUUCACGUAUCAGGUACCCUGUUUCAAUGUCACGGCGGAUGAGUUUACUGCUACAGACGAGGACGAUAACGACUCGACGGGAAGUGGGUCGGACUCGAACUCGGCCUCAUCGGAUUCGAGUGCUGAUAGUGCCAGCAGUGGCUCUGGGGGGUCGAAGCUCUCUGGGGGUGCCAUUGCUGGGAUUGUUGUUGGGUGCGUGGCGGCGGCGGUCAUUGCUGCGGGUCUUCUGUUUGGGUAUAGACGAUUGUUGCAGAAGUAUCGAUCCAUGCGUCAGAAGGCGUCUGUUCGCAACGUUGACUGGCCUGCUGAGGAGGGUGGGAAGCCGGCGGCCGACAAUUCGUCUGGGUCUUCUUAUGGUUUGAGGAAGCUUAAGUAGAUGCACCUUCUGAAUGCGACGUUGAGAUAUCAUCCUGGUGCAUUGGGGCUGUUUGAGGAUGAGUAUCGUUACUGAUCCUAUUUGGAGUUGUACUCGUCAGUUGGACAAUAAAUACCAUUGGCUGUCUCUAUCCCACUGUCGCCGUCAAAACGUCCUUUCUCUUCCAUGGUCACUCGUUUUUGUCCUCUUCCGGCUCGUCCUUCCAAGCCGCAAUAUACCCAAUUGACAGAUUAAAUGCCCCCG